GGCAUCGUGUGUCUGGAGAGUGGCUUCCCGGCUGCUGUUGUGGCUUCUGGCAGGAUAGGUGGCCAGGGCUGACCAGUGGAAUGAUAAGGAAAGUCUUUCUCUCCCCUUGCUGAUUAAUUGCUAUCGUGAAACUUGCCGCUGUUAGCUCAGUGGGAAUGAUUCCAGAGAAUGUAAUUGGCAGUCUGUGGGGCCAGGCCAUAGCUUCUGCGAGCACACGCUCUGUUUGUUUAAAAGCAGAGUAUUUUUGGGAGCUCCUCUGAAGGGCUGCGGCUCGGUGUCCUCGCUCUUCGGCCGCGCUCCCCUGCUGUCACCCCUGUGCCCUGGGACCCCAGUCCAGCAAAGGUCCUGCUCAGGCUCCGUCAGGAUUGACCAGAGUGUGCUUGGAAACCAUAUUUCUUCUGUUUCUUUUUCGCCUUGAUUUUUUUUCUCGUUUAACAUCUAUGGACUAUUUCUGUGGUUUUUAACCACGUUGGUGAUCUGUCCAGCGUCUGAGCCUGGUCCCCAGGAUCUGUUGAAAACCACCAUCCAGGGAUUCCUGUGCAGAUUGACUCAUGUUUCUGCUGCGAUGAAUAGUCAGUGACAAACUGGUGGAUUUUCCAGGAAGCGCAACUGCAAACUGGCUUCUGCGUAAGGGCGCUCGGAAACCUCGCGGAGAUCCAGCGUUUUAUCAUGAAGCAAACGAGUGAAAUCAUCUUCCUGGAAUCCCUGGUCAUUUGGGCUUUGGAUUGUGGUAAAACCUAAAAGUUGCUCAUAACAAAUUCUGGUAAAGUGCAUGGUGACCUGUGGUGGGGCAGAGCCCCUCAGGACGAGUCCGGGCGGUGGCCGAGGGACCCGCGUUCCUGCGGGACCGGUGUUGGUUCCUGCGGGACCCGCGCUCCCGUGGGACCGGUGUUGGUUCCUGUGGGACUGGUGUUGGUUCCUGUGGGACCGGUGUUGGUUCUCGAGGGACCCGCGCUCCCGUGGGACCAGUAUUGGUUCCUGUGGGACCUUUGUUGGUUCUCGUGGGACCAGUGUUGGUUCCUGUGGGACCGGCGUUGGUUCCUGCAGGACCUGCGCUCCUGUGGGACCAGUGUUGGUUCCUAUGGGACUGGUGUUGGUUCCUGUGGGACCAGUGUUGGUUCCUGCGGGACCGGUGUUGGUUCUCGCGGGACCCGCGCUCCCGUGGGACCGGUUUUCCCGCGGGAGCCGCGUUCCUGCGUUUUGGGCCGCGCUGCCUCGGCGCUGUCCUGGCCACCGGCCCCGCUCUGCCGGCGGGGUCUGCAGAGCAGGGUGUUUCCAGGCAGCUUUGGGGAUCAGUUCAGUCUCUUGCUCAUCGAUUCCUGGAUCUCAUGGGAGUUGCUGCUGCUAAUUGUGCUGAAAUGUGGUUUUGUCAUGUGGACAAACUCCUGCCGGGGUUCUGUGUGAGCCGAUGGUCCACACGCAGGAAGCCCCAGAGCAGACAAGAUGCCGUUUGUUUCUUGUCACUCCCCAAGCAUGACCGUUAGCAAUAAGCUGGUUUCUUCCCGAAGUGACUUCAAAGGAAUUAAGUUUGUUCUGAAAUUUCUUUUUAAAGAAGGAGCUUCCUGCUGUGUCUCUACAGUUCCCGUGGAGUUUGCAAGAGCAGUCUUGACCCUCUGGUGGUGCUUGUGCAGAACACAAGUGCCGUCGGUGACCAGGGCUCCCUCCUUUCCAGCCGUGGUUCUCGGCUCGUGCCGUUGGGACGCGCUCGCUGGGUCGCUCUGGCGAUGUGCCUUCGUUGCUUUGAUAGGACUUGCACUCUGCAUCGUGGUCUCUUUUUUUGUUCCUUUUUUUACAAGUUUGAGUGGUUGAAGCAUUUUUCUGCCAAGGAACUUUUUAGAAUGUCUUUAUCUGAAAUUGAAACAGUGACUCUUCAGCCCAGCCGAGAGCGAAGGUGGCGGUGAAGGAGACUGCUGGCUGUGGGCACACUGAUGCGUGUGACAAAGGCGAUGCAGAAGUGACCGGGGACAGGGCGGCUGGUACCGCGGUGGCACCGCCAGGUGUCUGGUCCGGGGAUGUUCACGUCCUCGGGUUCUUCAGCUUCCAGCCCGGUUCCCGCGCUCCUGCUCUGACAGCAGAGUCGCUCCCCCAGCUCCCCGCCAGUCAGGGAAGGAGCUCAUGAUGUCAGGGUCUGUUCUCCCACCUUCUUGUUAUAUUUCUAGAUUCGGUUUUGGUGAUUCAGCCGGGAUUAUGGAAAGAAAAAAGCAUUCUUGCUGUUGUGAAUCCUUACGACACGUUGGCCCUGGUUGCAGCUCUUUCCUUCCCUGCCUGGAGGCUGGUUGUGGGCAGCAAAGGCUCCAUCAGACGGAAUUUCUCCAUCUUUCUUUUCGCAGGUCAUCAUGGCUCCUUCUGGCGCCGCUGCUGGCCCCUCCCGUCCCGGUGGUCACAGCCCCGCCCUGCUCCCUUUGUCCCAAAGGGGCACACAGGUUCCAGUGGAUCAGGAGCCUGGUUCCAGAGUUUGGGAUCUCCAGCUCACAUGUCAAGGUGCUUUCAUCCCCGGCUGAAUUCUAUGAACUCUUGAAGGUGCAGAUAAAAUCAGCCAAGCAGCGAGUGGUGAUGGCUUCACUGUACCUGGGGACGGGGCUCCUGGAGCAGGAGCUGGUGGAUUGCUUAGAAGAAACGCUGGAGAAAUCCCUGCAAGCAGAAGGAGCGUCCAGCCUCAGAGUUUCCAUUCUUCUCGACUACACCAGGGGAUCUCGGGGCAGGAAGAAUUCUCGAACCAUGCUGGUUCCACUGCUGCAGCGGUUCCCCGAGCAGGUCCGUGUGUCCCUCUUCCACACCCCAAACCUGCGUGGGCUUCUCAGGCUCCUGAUUCCAGAGCGUUUUAAUGAGACCAUUGGACUGCAGCACAUCAAGGUCUAUCUGUUUGAUGAUAACGUGAUCCUGAGCGGCGCAAACCUGAGUGACCUGUACUUCACCAACCGCCAGGACCGCUACGUUCUGCUGCGGGACUCCCCUGAGAUUGCGGACUUCUUCACGGAGCUGGUGGAUGCGAUUGGAGACGUGUCUCUGCAGUUGCAGCGGGAUGAUACGGUCCAGAUGAUGGAGGGGAUGGUGCACCCCUACCAAGGAGACAAGGUGGCUUACUGUGAGAUAGCAAAUCGCAGGGUCAUGGAGGUGAUCAACUCUGCCAGGACGCGCCAGGAGCUCCUUCACGCACAGACUUUGCACGGCAGCCAGCAAGGCCGCUCCUCGCUAUCCCAGCAGAGCUCUGGGGAUCUGAAACCAGAACCCGACACCUGGAUCUAUCCCUUGAUCCAGAUGAAACCUUUUGGCAUUCAAAUAGAUGAGAUGGUCACAGAGACGCUGCUGACGGAGGCCGAGCGGGAUGCCAGGAUAUACCUCACCACGGGCUACUUCAACCUGACGCAAGCUUACAUGGACCUGAUCCUGGGCACUAGGGCCGAGUACCGCAUUCUGCUGGCCUCACCGGAGGUGAACGGCUUCUUUGGUGCCAAAGGGGUGGCAGGGGCCAUCCCUGCUGCCUACGUUUACAUUGAACACCAGUUUUACAGCGAGGUCUGCAGCCUCCAGCAGGAGGAGAGGGUCCGGCUGCAGGAGUACUGCAGGGCCGGCUGGACUUUCCACGCCAAAGGGCUCUGGCUGUACCUGGCAGGGAGCGACCUUCCCUGCCUCACGCUCAUCGGCUCUCCUAAUUUCGGAUAUCGAUCUGUUCAUCGUGACUUGGAAGCUCAGGUUGCGAUAGUGACAGAAAAUAAAGCUUUGCAGCAGCAGCUCCAUCAGGAGCAGGAGCAGCUUUACCUCUGCUCAGGGGUGGUCUCGUCAGCAACAUUUGAGCAGCCAAAUCGUUAUGUGAAGCUGUGGGUGAAGCUGGUGACACCUCUGAUCAAGAAUUUCUUUUGAAAGAAGAAAAGUUGCUGCUUUGGGUUGAAGGUCCAGACGUAGGUGGGACCUCGCAUCCGCGUCUUGUAGACAGGACACUCGUAGGUGUUCUUGGUGUCCAGGCGGUCCACGGGGAUGGCUCUGAUGAAGAUGACGGGCAUCACGGGCGUCAGCUCCUUCAGCCGAGCGUCUGCGAUGGCACCGGAGGGGACGUCCCAGCGAGCGCCUGCAACGUCACCAAACCAUGGGGCUGGGGCUGCGGAGCCCUUAGGGUAACACGGUCUGUCAUCUCACUGUGACUCAUGGAUGCGUUUUGCCUUACCCUGUGUGGGAUGUCUCAGUCCCUCCUGUCCCGCUCCUCCCUGCCCACGCUCUGCCCCCUACAGCUUUUACCAUCGCUAGUUUAGGUUCUGAGUUUCCUGACUUGUCUACUCACACAUCAAAUAGGAGUGCAGUGUAUUCAUUCACUAGAACUGCGCAGGUCCAAUUGCCAAGAGGCAGGCUCUGGUUUGUGAAGCUGUUUGCGAGGCGGCGGUGCUGCCCUCAGCCGGCGUGGCCUGGCAGUACCGGUGAAUUCCACCCCAACAGCGGCCCCGCUGCCCCCAGCUUUCGCAGGAGCUGUACAAGUUCAGCUGAGCCUGCAAGAAUUCCCAAGGCUGGGCAUUCUCCAUCUGAAACGUCUCGUAAAAGCUGCCGUUUUUACCUUCCAUGAACAAUCCAUGCACAAAGGAGCCUUCUCGGGGGGGAGCUGUUAUCUCCUCGCGGUAUUUCUUGGUCACGUCCACAGUCAGACACAUCUUGUCCAGCGGCCACUCGUUCUUGCGGGCCAUGGACUGCAUGAUGGCGGUGAGGAAGGACUGCGGGUUGAAGAACCCCGCCAGCCACACCGUCGCCGGCAGCACAAAGUCCGUCGUCCAGACGUCCAGUUCCUGGAAGGCAGAAGCAGCACAGGCGCUCAGGUGCCCGGGCUCGCCGCAGCGGCACGCUGCGUCGGACGCGGGGUGACAGCCGACGUGUCCUGUGCCCAGCACGAGCGCCGGGUGGCCUUCCAGCAGGAGAGGGGGAUGGGGGCGGUUUGUGGUGGUUAAAUGCAAGAGUCCACUGCAGCAAUGGACCUUCAGCUGGUAAUUGGGAGUGCAGUCAGUACUGCUGUUACUUUUUUUUCAACAAAGCUGCACUUCAGGUAGAUGGGUUUGUUAACUUUUGAGACAUAAAGCUAUGGUGGGGUUAGCUCGUGCUCUUUUGCAACAGUGAUACCCUCUGGUGGUGAACCCUGUUCAAACUUCUGCUCUUGUUCUUGGGGUAACGGGCCCUUUCAGGUACUUCCAACUGUUUAAAUUACUAUUGAGAAAUAAACCAGUUACCCAGUGUUAACUCA